AUGAUAACAAUCAUUGAAAUAGGAAUUACGUCGCAAGACAACUUGCAAAAGAUGGAAGUUGAAAAACUCCACAAAUACGACCUACUUGCAAGUGAGAUCGGACUGUUACAUAGUGCCAAAGUACAAAUUGUACCAAUUGUUUUGACGUUGGAUGCAAUUACAACUAAAUUCUACCCGAAAUAUUGCCAAAAACUGAAGUUACCGGAUAAAAUUAAAUCAUACAUACAGUCUGUUAUUCUCAGAGCAACCUACCAAAGUAUGAACACAAAAUACAAAUUUGGGCUUACCAAUAGCGUCGGAAAAGACACCACAGAUACAUUGUGUGUCGAUACUACCGAUGUCCGCACUCCCAGAGCCAAUAUGUCCCAGAGCGGGAACAAGAGACAAAGAUUAGAAUGA